GAGCUACAAGCUAUGAAGAUGAAGCUCGCCUCUAUUUUGUGCUUUACCCUGGUGAUGAGUCCUGCCUGGUGCUUGAGUGAGUUCAAUGAUGAAGAAUACAGCGCUAAUGUAAACAAGAUUAGACGCUUGAGUCUUGGAAAGCCGGACGCUGAAGUCGGGCAAAGAUUGACCUCAUGGAAUCCAGAAUCCAGCGUCAACCCUGAGGAGCUGGGUUCGUAUUUUGAAGGAGACAUGCUGAUGCCGCUGAGCGCACAGGGCAGAAACGGAAUCAUAAAUACCUUCUAUCGGUGGCCAAAUGCGGAGGUGUUCUAUAAAAUCAUAGGAACCUUCAAUGCGAACCAGACGGCCCUGAUCUACAAGGCCUUCGAUGCGUUCCACGCAAACACUUGCGUCAGGUUCAAGCCGUACAAUGGCAGCCAAAGUAAUUACCUCAUCAUUAAAAGCGACAACUCAGGGUGUUGGGCGACGCUCGGAAAGGCGGGCGGCAUACAGUACGUCAAUCUGCAGAUUCCAGGAUGUGUCACACUCAUUGGCACACCAAUUCACGAGCUGAUGCACACGCUUGGCUUUUUCCACGAACACACACGACCUGACAGAGAUCAUUGGAUUAAAAUUUUGUGGGAAAAUGUCGAUAGAGGUUCAGGCUUUGGAAUACAAGAUUCGAAUGCGUUCGGCGUCUCUUACGACUACAAUAGUGUGAUGCAUGUCACGGACACAUACUCCUCUUCCAAAGGACUAAAAACAAUUGAAACUUUGCAGCCUCCUGGAGUUCAGAUCGGACAGAGGAACGGCUUAAGUGCAAAGGACAUCCAGAAAAUAAAUGCUAUGUAUAAUUGCGCAUCGUGAAUUUUAAACGGUUAUGAUUUUGUGACAUCGAAAAACUGAACUAUGCAUGUUAACCAAAGUAAAUAAAAUCUUUUUAUUAUUUUAAAGCUGCA